AUAAUAAAAAAACAAAAUUAAAAAAAACAAAUUCUAUCGUUCUUCUCACUUCUCCAUCCCCUGGUCUAUUAGAAAUCAAAUAUCCUCUACAAUUUCUCUCUCUCUCUCUCCAGGUCUCUGCAACACUUUGUCUUAAAGAAGAAGAAACAAUCUCUCUCUUCUCUUAGUUUCUCUCUCUAUAUGUACCUUCAGUAGCUUAAAGUAUCAAAGGAAUUAAAAAAAUCGCAAUGUUGUUCGCUUUUUUCUCAGACGCCAUGUGACUUCACCGUCUCCUCCUUCUCUUUCUUUUUCUUCUUCUUCUUCUCCAUAUGCUUCUCGCCAUCUUACGCUUCUCAGCCGAGUCGCGCAUUGACUCACCGAGUCAACUCGACUUGAAUGGCCUCAUCCUCCCGAGUUAGGAGCAGCUCUCCAUUCUCCUAUCGGAAACCUUCCAGUCCUUACUCUUCCAGUUCUUCUUACAGUGGCAACAGGUUAAUGCCUCGUUCCUGCUCUUCUUCCGCUUCUUCUUUUUUCAACUCCGGUGGCGGCCGAUCCAUGACGCCCGGUUCCGAUUCAAUGUACUCCGGUCCGCGCGGUUACGGUGGUUGCACUCCUGUAGCGUUCGGGUCUGAUGAACUGAUUGCCGAGCCGGUCGAUGUGCCGAGGAAUGGGGAUAGUAUAUCGGUGACAAUUCGGUUUAGACCGUUGAGUGAGAGAGAGUUUCAGAGGGGGGAUGAGAUCGCUUGGUAUGCAGAUGGAGAUAAGAUCGUCAGAAAUGAGUAUAAUCCAGCUGCGGCUUAUGCGUUUGAUAGAGUAUUUGGACCGCAUACGACUUCUCAAGAGGUAUAUGAUGUUGCUGCCAAACCAGUGGUCCAGGCUGCAAUGGAAGGUGUCAAUGGAACCGUUUUUGCUUAUGGUGUCACUAGUAGUGGAAAGACGCACACUAUGCAUGGAGAUCAAGAUUCUCCUGGUAUUAUACCAUUAGCCAUAAAGGAUGUUUUCAGCAUUAUCCAAGAUACUCCAGGAAGAGAGUUUCUACUGCGAGUCUCUUAUCUUGAAAUUUACAAUGAGGUGAUCAAUGACUUGCUUGAUCCCACUGGUCAAAAUUUGCGUGUUAGAGAAGAUGCACAGGGCACAUAUGUUGAGGGUAUAAAGGAAGAAGUGGUUUUAUCUCCUGGACAUGCUCUUUCUUUUAUUGCUGCUGGUGAAGAGCAUCGUCAUGUUGGUUCGAAUAAUUUUAAUCUUUUCAGUAGCAGAAGCCACACCAUUUUUACACUGAUGAUUGAAAGUAGUGCCCAUGGUGAUGAGUAUGACGGAGUGAUCUUCUCUCAACUUAAUUUGAUUGAUCUUGCUGGAUCUGAGAGUUCAAAAACCGAAACAACUGGACUAAGGAGAAAAGAAGGGUCUUACAUAAACAAAAGCCUUCUAACUCUUGGAACUGUAAUUGGAAAGUUGAGUGAAGGAAAGGCAUCACAUGUUCCUUAUCGAGAUUCAAAACUUACACGUCUUCUGCAGUCUUCACUGAGCGGGCAUGGACAUGUUUCACUUAUUUGUACAGUUACUCCUGCAUCUAGUAAUAUGGAGGAAACACAUAAUACAUUGAAGUUUGCUAGUAGGGCUAAGAGAGUUGAAAUCUAUGCCUCUCGUAAUAAGAUUAUUGAUGAAAAAUCUUUAAUAAAGAAAUAUCAAAGAGAAAUCUCAGUCCUCAAGCUGGAACUUGAUCAAUUAAAGAAGGGGAUGCUUGCUGGUGUCAGUCAUGAGGAGCUUCUGAUCUUAAGACAACAGUUGGAAGAAGGUCAAGUGAAGAUGCAAUCAAGAUUGGAGGAAGAAGAAGAAGCCAAGGCUGCUCUUAUGAGUCGAAUCCAGAGGCUAACCAAGCUCAUACUUGUUUCUACAAAAAAUACGAUUCCUGGAUUAACGAGUGAUAUUCCUGGUCAUCAACAUAGUCACUCUAUUGGAGAUGACGCUAAAUUGGACGCUUUGAGAGACGGAGCUUUACUUCUAGAAAAUGAGAAUCACAAAGACUUUUUGUCUUCUGCUUCUGUGAUUCCAUCAGAUGCAUCUCAUGAAUUUAAACACAGGAGUUCUUCCAGCAAGUGGAAUGAAGAACUCUCAUAUGCUAGCAGUGCAAUUACUGAAUCAGCUCAAGUGGGUGAAAUUACAAGCGCUUCAAAACUUCCUGCAGUUGCACUUACACAAGAUCAGAUGGACCUUCUUGUCGAGCAAGUAAAGAUGCUUGCAGAAGAGAUUGCAUUCAGCACCAGUACCCUUAAGCGACUAGUUGAGCAGUCUGGGAAAGAUCCUGAUAGCUCAAAAAUUCAAAUCCAGAACUUGGAGUGUGAGAUCCAGAAGAAGCGAAGACAAAUGAGAAUUAUCGAGCAACACAUUAUUGAGAGCGGUGAGGCUUCUAUUGCUAAUGCAUCAUUGGUUGAUAUGCAACAGACAGUCAUGAGAUUGAUGACCCAAUGCAAUGAGAAAUCUUUUGAACUAGAGAUAAAGUCAGCAGACAAUCGUGUCCUUCAAGAGCAACUGCAGACUAAGUGCUCUGAGAACAAGGAAUUGCAAGAAAAAGUACAUACCCUGGAGCAGCAGUUGGCUUCUUUCUCUGGUGAUAAAAUGUCACAUACUCCUGAACAUGCUGUGUCUGAGGAAUAUGUUGAUGAAUUGAGAAAGAAGAUUCAGUCACAGGAAAUUGAGAAUGAAAAGCUAAAGAUAGAACAGGUUCAGCUUUCGGAAGAGAAUAGUGGGCUACGGGUGCAAAAUCAGAAGCUGGCUGAAGAAGCUUCUUAUGCAAAGGAAUUGGCCUCUGCUGCUGCAGUUGAGCUGAAGAACUUGGCUGGUGAAGUGACCAAGCUCUCACUACAAAAUGCAAAAUUGGAAAAGGAAUUGUUGGCUGCUCGAGAAUCCCUGCAUUCUAGAGUUGGUACCCAAAACAUUAAUGGUGUUAACCGCAAGUAUAAUGAUAGCAUGAGACCGGGAAGGAGGGGAAGAUUCUCUGGAAGACCAAAUGAAAUUUCAGGAAUGCACUCUGAUGAAUUUGACUCUUGGAGCCUUGAUCCAGAAGAUUUGAAGAUAGAGUUGCAGGCAAGGAAACAAAGGGAGGCAUCUCUUGAGACUGCACUAGCUGAAAAAGAGUUAAUAGAAGAGGAGUACAGGAAAAAUGCUGAAGAGGCAAAGAAAAGGGAGGAGGCGUUGGAAAAUGAUUUAGCAAACAUGUGGGUGCUUGUUGCUAAGUUAAAGAAAGAAGGGGGAUCUAUAGCCGAGGUGAAUACUGAUGAAAGGCAUAGUGAAAGAAUAGACGUAAGUGAACCAAAAAUUAAUGAGGUUGAUGAAAAUACUAUCCUGAAAGAGAGGCAAGUUUCAAAUACAUCUAGACCACCUGAUGAAAAUCUGGAGGAGCCCUUGGUUGUUCGGCUGAAGGCACGAAUGCAAGAGAUAAAGGAAAAAGAGAUCAAAUACCUAGGCAAUGGAGAUGCUAAUUCACAUAUGUGUAAAGUAUGUUUUGAAUCAGCAACAGCUGCCAUUCUUCUUCCCUGCCGACAUUUUUGUCUGUGUAAAUCUUGUUCGCUAGCUUGUUCCGAGUGUCCAAUUUGUCGCACAAAGAUUGCAGAUAGGCUUUUUGCGUUUACUUGAUGACGCUGUAGUUUAUGCCCAUCAAAGAGGGCUUGUCAAUGUUCUGUUGGCAAAAUUCAAUGCAACAGCGGAUGCAAUUCAUUUAUUGGUUUGAUGUAUGUAAUCGUCUAAAAGGUACAUUGAUAAUUGUUUCGUUUCUUUUAAGAUGGUGAUUAAAGGUUAGCAAAAAUUUGAGUACAUAUUUGAGUCGUGGCAUUGCUUUUAAACAUGCAGCAGAAUGCUGUGAUCUGUUCAAUAAUUGUAUAGAAACAAUGUGAACCUUUGCAAAAAGGCAUUCCCCCCUCCCCCCAACCCACCUAAUUAGGAGCAAACAUUAGUUCCUUUC